GAAUCAUCACUCCUUUUUGUUUCUCCCUCUCAUCUCGAUCCGAUUGGUAGCUGUUGAUGAGAGCCGUUCCUGAGAGUUGUGAUACGAUUGUGAGGUUUUCAUGGGUUGUCGUUUUGAAUUGGAGUUUUCGGGAAGUUUUGGGUUUGGGCUAGAAUUGAGGAUCGAGAGUGUUUUGUCUUUUGGGGUUUAGGGGUCGUGACCAGGGCAUUCUGUUUCUAUGGCAGACUAUCAGCCUCACUCCUCGUUGGCCAUGAGGAGACCGCAGAGGCCAUAUUCGGAUGAGGAGGCCACGCGAACUCGCACCAUUCGGGCCGACUUAGAGCCCGCGCCUCAGCCGUGGCCCGGCCUGACGUAUGUCGCGCUCUUUUUGCUGUGCGGGUUCGUGGCGCUGCAAAUGUACCCUUCUACGCAUUGGCGGCACCCUCAAGACAGAACAAAGACAUGGAUCCCGCAUGAUAGGACCGAGACCGACCAAGCCUCUAGCACCGAUCCCUUCUACAGCAGCCUGAGUGAAGAGCAAGGACAGCAGGCACAGGACUUAGCCUCGCAGGGGACUGUUUCCAAUCUUUCCAAUGCUUUAGGUUCACAAUAUUUGCAGGAUGAGAAACAUGACGAAUAUACUUUAGCUUUCCUAAAGAAAGCAAGUGAGCAGGUAGUACACAUCUUUGUGAGUACCGACGGGGCUGACUUUCGGCCACUUGCUGUGCUAGUGAAUUCCACCAUCUCCAAUGCUGUACAUCCAGAACGCCUUCACUUUCAUCUAGUUCUGCCCGCAAGCCAUCACUCAAGAGCAAAGCAUUUGGCCGCUUUCUUCCAAGAUACUAAGAUUGACAUAGUGAGUGAAAAUAUCGACUUUAAAGACAUGGAGAAACAUAUUACGUUUCGGAAGAAUAGCAAGGCUAGACCGGAGCUACAGAGCGUGUACAACUUCGCCCCUUUCUUACUGCCCCUUCAUUUCAAAGAUGUUGGUAGAUUUAUCUACCUCGAUGCUGACAUAGUGGUGAAGGGUAAUAUUGAGGAGCUAAUCCAGAUUGAUCUCGGAAAUAGGGCAGCUGCUGCAGUAGAAGACUGUUCUCAAACGUUUGAGACUUACUUUGAUUUUAACGAGCUGGCAAAGAUCCAGGCUCGACCUGAGAAGCCUACCUGGGUUCCAACCGAGCCGAUCAAACCCGACGCUUGUGUGUUCAACAGAGGCGUGCUUGUGAUUGAUACCAACCAGUGGAUUAAACAGCAGGUUACAGAAGCUAUUCUGUGGUGGAUGGACGAGUUUCAAAGCGCCGAAUCAGUACUCUAUAAGUACGGGCUUUCGCAACCUCCUUUCUUACUGGCACUCUAUGGGAAAUACAUGAAACUAGACACGCCAUGGAAUGUCCGUGGGCUUGGACGCAACGAGUUUAGUGAGCGUGAGCGAGAAUUUUUAGAAAGUAAGUAUGGUCACAAGCCAGAACGGAAGCCUUUCAUCUCGCUGGAUGCGGAUACUGCAAAGAUCCUGCAUUUCAAUGGCAAGUUUAAGCCGUGGAAACAGACCCGGCCAGUUGGUCCAUCCUCCAACGUCGUUUCACGUUGUGGAUCUAAAGGGAUUGAGUGUGCUAAGCUCUGGUGGGAGUAUCUCAGCCCUGUUGCUGAUGGCAUUCUGCGACAUGAUGAUGCACUGUGAUCUGGUACCUCUUCAUGGCACUUGUACCACUAGACUUGCCUAGGAAUGUUGAUUAAUUCUGCACUGAUUAUUUUUUUAGAAAAAACCUUUGCAUCUAGAAAGUAAUUUAGGCAACCCUGAAUUCAUCCAUAGUGAAAUUGUCUGCUUUAGCCAAUACCGUAGGCAUUGUUCACAACACCUUUUGUCAGAGAAAUAUCAUCUUUAUGAAAGAGGGGUUGGUGAAGAGCUUUUUUAUUGAACAGGAAGAAAGAUCGUGAAGAUUAUCGAACUAGGGUAGAAAUGUACACGCAAUAGCUUUGAUUAUGCUUACUGCAGCUGCUGUAUUAGGUGAGCUGCAACAAGAUACAUAAAAUGUAAGGAAUAUUGGUUGCAAUC